UAUGCGGGGACUCGGGGGUGAAAGUUCACCAGCAUGGCUCUCACGUAUCAGUUGACAAUAUGGCCAAGUUGGACAUAAGAAGCGGCUUGAAUUCAAAGUAAAAAAGCAAGACAUCAGGAGGAAAAAAUCAACAUGACGAGCGACAGGGUUUCAUCGCUGGGCGCAGAGGAGGACGACACAGCUCUGGCAUACUAUGACGACGACGAUCUAGAGGCAUUUUCAGUCGCCGGUCUGGGCUGUGAGGACGGAGUUCCGGGCUUCAGUGACUCUCUGAAUGGAGAUGUCAAACCUCGUAUCUUGUUAAUGGGCCUGAGAAGGAGUGGGAAGUCCUCCAUCCAGAAAGUGGUUUUCCAUAAAAUGUCACCCAAUGAAACUCUGUUCCUGGAGAGUACCAAUAAGAUCUGCAGGGAGGAUGUCUCCAGCAGCUCCUUUGUCAGCUUCCAGAUCUGGGACUUCCCUGGCCAGAUUGACUUCUUCGACCCAAGCUUCGACUACGAAAUGAUCUUCAUAGGCACAGGAGCUUUAAUCUUUGUCAUCGACUCACAGGAUGACUAUGUGGAGGCACUGAGUAGAUUGCAUCUUACAGUGACCAGGGCCUACAAAGUCAACCCAGAUAUCCACUUUGAGGUAUUCAUUCACAAAGUGGAUGGCUUGUCAGACGACCACAAGAUCGAGAAGCAGAGGGACAUCCACAAACGUGCAAAUGAUGACCUUGCAGACACAGGCCUUGAAAGAAUACACCUAAGCUUUUAUUUAACCAGUAUAUAUGACCACUCCAUAUUUGAGGCUUUCAGUAAAGUGGUCCAGAAGCUCAUCCCACAGUUGCCAACACUGGAAAACCUGCUCAACAUCUUCAUAUCUUUCUCUGCUGGACCGACCGGUUCGUUGCCAGCCUGUCUGUUCCGCCUGUCUCCUUGGCUGCCUCCGUGCUGGUUCCCUUCCCGGCUUUCUCUGCGGCACGUCCAGCCGCCGCCGAUCCCCGCGGCACGUCCAGCUGCUGCCGGUCCCCGCAGCACGUCCAGCCGCUGCCGGUCCCUGCAGUACGUCCAGCCCCCGCUGACCUCCGCGGCACGUCCAGCAGCGCCGGUGUGCGUCCCUGGGACCGCCGGUUGCCCGAGCCUCUUGCUGCCGAGUCCCUCCACCAGCGAAGGACCCUGUGAAGUCCCCAAGAAACCACCACUGGGGUGCAGUGAGACCUUUAUGGGCAAAGGCCCCAGCUCAACAUUCACCUUUGGACAGCAUACAUAGGAGAGUGAGAGGAACUACUUCUGUCGUGGCAGCCUUUAGGCGGAGAGAGAGAGACCCCAGUUGACUAACUGGAAAUGGCUGAGACAGGCUAAGAAGGUCUGCUACCUCUCUGGAGUCAGCACAAUGGUCUAUCUCCUGGAGUCCAGGACAAUGCCCAAAAAUGUUGUCACCUUGGAAGGUUGGAGCCUGCUUUUCUUGCUGUUCAACUGGAGACCUCACCCAUGAAUGUGCUCCAAGAGUAGAGCCACAUGAUGGCAGCAUUGUUCCUCUGAGCCUGCAGAGACCCACCAGUUAUCCAGAUAAUUGAGGAUCCUGAGCCCUUGCGGUCUCAUAGGUGCAAGGACUGCAUCCAUGCACCGGGUGAAUGUCCAGAGAUAUGCUGAAAGGUAGGACUUGAAACUCAAUUAUUCUGCCCUUGAAGCUAAACCUCAGGAACCACCAGUGUCCCUGCUAUAUGGAUAUCUGGAAGUAAGCAUCCUUGAGGUCAGUUGUAGCAAACCAAUCUCCUGCAGAGAUGGCUUACCUGACCCUGGGAACCAUCAACAUUCUGCACCUCUAUGAAGAUACUCGUUGAGCCCUCUGAGGUCCAGGAUAAGGUCUCCCCUGUCUCACUUGGGAACCAAGAAAUACCGGGAAUAGAACCCUGCCCAAUGGUUCCCGUCUUUCACCUCCCUUAUGAUUUUUUUCUCCAGGAGAGUGGAUAGCUCUUCUCGCAACAUAUGACCUCAUUACAGUCUGUGAAGUACUUUAAGUGGGAGCCAGUGGAACAUAGUGUUCAUCACCUACCAACCCACACUCAAAGCCUGCCAUGUCGCUAUGUGACGGAUUAAUAGUACAGCCAAACUGGCUAGUUUUCAAGAAUUUUAAGGAUAGAGGAGGCACUUUAAGAAUCCCUGAGUUUUAGUAGCCGACCAUCCUCCUUUCCCCUGACGGAAAUUAUUAUGCCAGCGAAAGGCCUGUAGGUGGGGCUUGAGGUCCCCUGGUCCCCACUGUGGGAGGUCUGAUGUUGGGUGAAGUACCGUUGCUCUGGCCGCAUUAAACCUAUAGCUUCUACAAAGGUUACCCGGUACUGCUUGUGCACAGCAACAAUUUUCUUGAGCUUGCUGCAACAUUUUCACUGCAUCUUCACCAAAUAUAGCUGAAGGGUCUACUGGCAGUUUCAGAAAGCAGUCUUGAUCCCUUUGCUGGAGCUGGGACUGAGACAGCCACAGGUGGUGUCUAGCAACCCCAAGGAGGCCAAAGCGCUGCCUGUAGUGUUCCUUCAUAAUGGAGGAGAGACAUGAAGAAGCUGACUGGAGCUCAUUCACAAUGCUGGAACCCCAGGGUCUUCCCGUAGCUCAUGAGACAGGUGACGGAGGUAAAGGGACAUAAUGGCUCCAGUGUUAGCCAGUUGGAUCUGCGUAGAUAAAGACAUGUGCAGCUUUGCAAGCAGGCCAUACAUAAUCCUGCAGUUCCUGCUAGGGCAGGUGGACGUACAUAAAAUCAACCUGGAAGUCGAGACAAGAAGCGGGAGAGCUGGAUACAUGGGAGGAGCAACCCACAGGCAAAUUUCUCCACGUCUUUCAUGUUAGACAGUAUACGACAUGAUACAGACAACCUGUGUGCAGCUGCUUGUGCACUGAAUUGAUUGCACACCAGGUGCUUAAAAUCAGACAGAAGGGGCACCUACACUGGUGUGAUGGGUGCCUCCCCAUACUCCUCAAACUGGGAUGAAUGCGCCACAAGGUUCCCAGAGAGGGCUACAACCACAGCCCUGGUUGCCCUGCUAAUCAGCUCAAGAGACAUCAGCCAUUUAGCCGAUGUGAAAUUCGGCACUCAACAAGGACUACCACUGAGCACAUCAACUGCACCACAGCAAUAUGCUUCAGAGGCGUCAGCAGUGUGAUGCUGAUGCGACCAGAGGAAAGUUUCUUCAACUGCUGUACAGCCAACAGGAGUUGGCGCUCAGCAGGGAUUCCACCAAACAUGUUAACUCGCGAACCCACAAGCAAUUAUCACAGUUGUGAUAAUGCUCUUAAGGGAUGCCAGCUCGACCAGGCUGGAUGAGUCUGAAUUUACUCCAAGCUUCCUCAGGUGUCAGAUGUGGGCUCUCCUCCACAUCCAGCUCAUGACUGCAUUUGAGUUUACUGUAUCCUCCCCCAUCUGGUUUGUCAUCAUCAUCAUCUCCUCUAUCUGGCAUCUUAUUCCUUGCAUCAUACUCUCUGUCAGGUCUAACAGCAGCCUGCUGGGAAUCUGAAGCCGUUUGUUCAGCUGUGUUCUGCUGUGAGGAGGCAGCAAAUCUUCCUACCAUCAGAAGGAUCAUCUGACCCACCCACCCAUCCUGCUGUUAGUCAACUCGAGAAUCUUACAUAAGUCUAAUUUAAUUAUCAUAUGUUUAGUUGUUAUUUGUUCAGUUUUAAAAUCCCAGAACGCAGCUGUCGUCUCAUCAUGAUGUAGUGUCACUACACUUCGUAGUUAAAUUGCACUUAAUUUGGGGACACCAUCUCAGUUUACUGACUUAAUUCUAGAUUAAGUCUCAAAGAGGCUUUAAUUAAAAUGAAGUUGAUCAAUUUGUUAGCUGAAAGUCUUAAGUUCUGAGAACUGAGAGCAAAGGUGCAGGGUAAUUUCUAUUGAUUCUUAUUGGCUUAGUUUAAAAGAAUCAAGUGUAAGCUCAAACUUAAAAGGAAGGUGAGCAAUAUAUACACAAGAAGUCUCAAAAGACAAAAAAAAUUAAGAGCUACAAAAGACAUAAAUGUGCAAAGGAUGAAAGAAGUGAAAAAGCGAAAAAAUGAAAAGGAGAAAAAAAGGAGAAAGGAAAAAAGAGGAACAAAAGUAGUCUUCUAGUUUUAUUCUCCAAGGCCCAAGGGUGCAGAUUGAGGGCGUGGAGAGAAGUUUGCCACAAAUUUUUGUAACUCAGCUCCUCUCUCUUUGUUAUGAGGAGAAAACGCUGCAUUUCUUAAAUCAAAUUAAAAAUACAUUAUACGCGCAAACGUGAUCUAUUCAUCUCUCUCUGUAACCCAUCAGCAUGAAAUAAGAUCAGUGAUAUACAUGUACAGGGUGGGUCAUAAGUUUCCAUAUAGAGGAAAAAUAAAAAAAUUUAUUUUGAACAACCGUUUUUAUUUAUAUAAUGUGCUCGAUAUGAUUACCAUUGUUUCAAAAAUGCAUAUUAAUAUGUGUUUUCCACUGUUGAUGGACUUGCAUUAGCACAGUUGAAGCUAUGCUUGUAAUGGCAUUGGUGAUACGUUCCUUGAGGUGAUUUAUGUCUUGUAUCUUCACCUGAUACACCAUGGCCUUCAAGUGCCCCCAAAGAUAGCGUCAAACACAUUUUCUAGGGUAUCUGAAACAUAAAAAAAUAUACAUUAUGCAUUCUCCUGUGUAUGGAAACUUAUGGCCCACCCUGUACAUCACAUGAUAGCCUUGGCUACACAAAAAAGAAAUAAGAUCUGAAAACACACCCACUGAUCUGAAAACAUACAUUCAUAUGUUAUCGUGGGUGAAUAUAAGACACUGAGUAAAGUAUAUAGUUCUAAUUAUAAUCGAUUUCUCCUAUUAGCACAUUUAAUCAAUGGUAACAAAUCUAUCAAUGAUGAUUUAGUCUCAACAUCACCGGACCUUCCAAUGUCACUAGAUGGCACUGUGGGUUUACAUUAAAAAUGUAAAUAUUUCGGUAAAGUAUUUGUCCCCAUAUCACCUACAACUUAUUGACAAUGAGGUAUGUACAAGCACACAAAACAGAGACUAGAAAAGCAGUUAUUUAGUACAUGUAUGCAUCAAUGUAAAAAGUGAGAGCAUUACUCUAGAUCCCUGCUGGUAUGCAGCAACAGUUUUAUGAUUGUUUCUUUAUCAGCUGGCAGUUUUAUGGCGGGAGUAGGUCCAGAAAACUAAACAAAAUGGGGUUUGUUACCUGUCUUGACUUCUCCCUUGGCAUUUCAAAGAGGGCCAAGCUGUGUCUGCUACACUGGAGAACGGUGACCACAGAAACUGCUUCUAUCAAUUCUUGUGCAUGAGAGUGUAAAAUCUGGUUUCCCAUGGGGUGUCACUUACAUUUGUGUAAUGUAUUUAUAUUUUAUUUUUUUUUACUGACAGAAUGAUGACUGACAAAAAUUAUGACACACUUUUAUAAUAUUCAAAAUACACAGAAUUUAGAAAACUGAAUUUGUUCCAGUGCCUGGAUCAUCUCCAUCUAUGACACUUACACAGUCUAUUUCACAACCAUUCUAAAAAGAUUUUGACAUUAGACUUUGAGUUAGAUUUAGAUGAUUGAAAGAUUAAACAUAACAAUUGAUCACAUUAAAUUAUUUUAUGUUUAAUGCUGUCUUAUCUUAUUUUUGAUCUCCUACCUGACUAACAGACGUUUCUGAAAUAAAAGACAAGAAAAAUGCAUUGAUCUGUCUGUCAAGAAAACAGUUUGUGUAGAAGAUAGUACCUCAACCUGGCAUAGGAGUUAAUUAAAGGAUCCAAUUCAUGAUUUGCACUUAAUGU